AAUUCUAUUAUUUUUGGCAGUGCGAGUGCUAACGAGAGAGAGAAGUUCUGCAUUCUCUUUUGGCAAAGCUUAAAAGAUGCUGCAUUUUUUUCUGUUCCUGCUCUUUUUUGGCCAGGUUGUUCAGAGCCUAAGAAUCUGCUCUUUCAACGUGAGAUCAUUUGGAGAAUCUAAGAGAAAAAACCCAGAAAUCAUAGAUAUUAUUGUAGAGAUUAUAUCUCGCUGUGAUAUCAUGCUACUAAUGGAAAUAAAGGACAAUAGGAACAGAAUAUGUCCCUUUCUAUUAGAGAAACUGAAUGGACGGUCAGAAGGAACAUACAAUUAUGUGGUCAGUAACAGGUUAGGAAGAAGGAAUUACAAAGAGCAAUAUGCUUUUUUCUACAGAUUGGAAAGCGUCUGUGUGAGGCAAAUUUAUCAGUAUCCUGAUCUGCAGCCAGGUGAUGAAGAUGCCUUUUCCAGAGAACCUUUUGUUGUUUGGUUCAACUCUCCAAGAACAGCGGUCACGGAAUUUGUCAUCAUCCCGAUACACACAAUGCCUGAAAUGGCUGUGCGAGAAAUCGAUGAACUCUAUGAUGUGUUUCUGGAUGUCAAGUUGCGCUGGAAGACUAAGAAUUUCAUAUUUAUGGGAGACUUCAAUGCUGGCUGUGGCUACGUGGCAAAGAAGCAGUGGAAAAAUAUCCGAUUACGAAAUCACACUGACUUUGUUUGGAUAAUUGAUGAUAAAAGCGACACAACUGUGAAAUCAACAACACACUGCCCCUAUGACAGGAUUGUGCUCCAUGGGGAGAUGCUCAUAAAUACCGCCAUGCUGGGCUCAGCCAAUACCUUUGAUUUUCAGAGUGCCUUCUCCAUGACUGAAGAACAGGCCUUAGCAGUGAGUGAUCACUUCCCAGUAGAAUUCCAGCUGGGAAGUUCCUCAAGAAGAACAACCAGAUAUUGUAGAACAUUUGUACAAUAAAUCCAGUGAAAUGUUGUUCUAGUAGUCAAACCUAAAACACACAAACCCAAAAAUAUAUAUUCACAAGAAAAAAGCUGAUUUUGCGGUCAUUUUUAUGGAUGUCUUGCUACACUAGGAUAUAGUUAACUCAAAAAAUGCAAAGCCCAUAUCUUUAUAAUAUUCAAAACAUUCAAGGUUAAUGAAAUGCUGCUUGUUUAUAAAAUAAACAAUUUAGAUUAAUUUGAAUGUCUUAGUUUCUAUCGCAUGGAUUAUUUGAUGAAACAGUUUGUUCAGAAUUGUUCCAUAUCUGACCUUAUAAACAUAGAAAUUUAAGUAGUCAGAACAGAUCUGUCUACUGUUUGUAUAAUUUUUUAUUUUUGCAAAGUUCAAAUUGGGCAGAGAACUGUGGAUUUGUUGAUUCAGGCUGGAUUCUGAAGGUCAUCUUCAUGAACUCCAUUGUACUGAGAUAGUGGUUUGGUUCAUAUAUUUCUAAUACACAGCCUGGAGUUCGUGGCUCACAUUGUAUGAACCAAGCCAACGUGCUCCAUCUCCAAAUAAUUAUUGAAAUAAAUUAUAACUUUAGAUGGUCUUGAACUCCAAAAAUUUUUUGAAUGCAGGCUGUUCUUGAAUUCCUCCAGGUGCUUUUGUCACCAAAAGUUCUUUCAUAGGACUGUAUGUUGACUGUCUUUUGCCAAGUAAAACAUAAACAUAAAAAAUGAUAACAAGUAAAGACAUGUCAGCCUGCUGAAAACUAUUAUGUUCUAUCAAAGUUUAUCUCAUGUUUGACUAUAUUUUGAUGUGUAGGAUCUAAUUUCUUUGCUGUACUAUAUUAACAUAUUAGAGACCGUGUUGUUGAAAUCUGAUAACAGUGAGUGUCCAUUUUAGUAGAGCAAACAAUUAUACAAGGCUUUUUUUUCGUUAAGCAACCAAGAAAUAUCUUUUCAAACUGUGUAUAUAACCAUACAAUUGGUAGUGUCAGGUCCUCAAACCCUCACUGUUUUCCCUGCAUAUAUAUUCUACUUUUGGACCUGCCAUUCUGUUUGGGGGGAAGGGGAACGUGCUUUCGCUUGGGAUAAAUUUCGCUUUCUACUUUCUCUUUCCUGCCUCCAUCAUUUUGAGAAAGGAAUGUGUCUCCCUUAUCAGGGAGAUGGUUACAGUGAAACGAAAGGUGGAGAAGACCUUGAGAUGUGCACCAACUGUACCAACCGGCCAGGCAGCAUGCCACCUGUAAAUUGGAUGGAUUUCAAAUGGACAUUGAGACUUUCGUGACAGGAGGAAUAUUGCUAGCUUAACUAUACCGUUUGCGCAGUGUUUUCCCCAGAUC